UUUGUCUAUUCAUCUCUCUUCUUUUGGAUUUGCCUCCACGCAGAAGAGAGAGAGGUGUUCCUCUAAUGGCGAAGUGGAUGAUGAUGGUGAUGAUGGUGGUGGUGGCGAUAUCUGGGGGGGCGGAGGGGCAGUUGCCGCCGCCGUGCGUGUCGAGCCUGAUCCCCUGCGCGGCCUACGUGAACUCGACGCGUUCCCCGCCGGCGACGUGCUGCGAUCCGCUGAGGCAGGCGGUGGACGCCGACCUGCAGUGCCUCUGUGCGGUGCUCAACGACCAGAGCGUAUUGAAGGCCUUCAACGUCACCACCGACCAGGCUUUCCGCCUCGCCAAGUCCUGCGGCGUCUCCGAACUCAGUGGUUGCUCGGGCGCUCCAUCACCUUCUGCCAUGCAUACUCCUCCUACAGUAGUUGCAGGUGGUGAUGGAAGAGAUAAAGGUGACGCCCACAGAGCAAAUUGGAUUGGCUUGUCCAGCUUCAUGAGCUUGUCCCUCCUGUUUUGGUGCUCCGCCGUGGGGCUGUGAAGUCGCAGCCUCUCUUGUUCUUUCUGCUCGUGUUUGUUUGGACUACUUACUGUUGGUUGCGAAUUCUGUGUGCUUGUGAUGAGCUGCUGCUUGGAUAUGUCAGAUUGAAUUCUUUUGAUGAUGAAAA